AACAUCAUAGCUCAUCUAUUCAAUGCCCCAUUGGAGGAUUCAGAGUCAGCUGUUGGAGUGGGAACUGUGGGCUCUUCUGAAGCCAUCAUGUUGGCCGGCUUAGCUUUCAAGAGGAAGUGGCAGAACAAGAGGAGAGCUCAGGGCAAGCCCAUUGACAACCCCAACAUUGUCACCGGAGCCAAUGUCCAGGUGUGCUGGGAGAAAUUUGCAAGGUACUUUGAGGUGGAGUUGAAGGAGGUGAAGUUGAGGGAAGGAUACUAUGUAAUGGAACCAUCACUUAUUAUACAUGACUCAGUAAUGUUGAUGUAGUCUAAAUAACAUUACACAUGUGUAUAACACCUAACUUUUUUUCUUUUUCUUUUUUUUCGCUUGCGUAGAUGGGAUACUCCAAUCCAUGUAGACGCAGCAAGUGGUGGGUUUAUUGCACCAUUUUUGUACCCAGAACUUGAGUGGGACUUCCGUUUGCCCUUAGUGAAGAGCAUCAAUGUUAGUGGGCACAAGUACGGAAUUGUGUAUGCAGGAAUUGGGUGGGUCAUCUGGAGGAACAAAGAGGACUUGGCUGAGGAACUCAUCUUCCAUAUCAACUACCUUGGAGCAGAUCAACCUACCUUCACCCUCAACUUCUGUAAAGGUUCCAGCCAAGUUAUUGCUCAAUAUUAUCAACUGAUUCGCUUGGGUUUUGAGGGAUACAGGAAUGUCAUGGAAAAUUGUUGUGAAAACAUGAUAGUACUAAAAGAAGGAUUGGAGAAGACAAAGCGCUUCAACAUAGUCUCUAAAGACGAAGGGGUACCAUUGGUGGGAUUUUCUUUGAGGUACAACCACCGCCACGACGAGUUUGAAAUCUCUGACUUGCUCCGCCGCUUUGGAUGGAUUGUCCUUGCCUACACCAUGCCCCCAGAUGCACAACAUGUCACAGUUUUGUGCGUCGUGAUCAGAGAAGACUUCUCUCGCACUUUGGCGGAGCGCCUAGUGAAUGAUAUCCAGAAAGUGUUGCAUGAACUAGACACACUUCCAUCUAAGCUUAGCUCCAAUGUGAAGGCUGCCGACGGAGAGGAUGGGAAACCGGCAGAGACAAGGGCACUUGAGAGUAAGAAGAGUGAUUUGGAAAAGACAAGGGAGAUCAGAACAAUUUGGAGGAAGUUUGUUACGGCCAGGAAGCAGAAGAUGAAUGUUGUUUGUUAGAAAGUGUCUGGUUUUUGCUACUCUAAUUAAUUAUUAACUUUGCUAAAAUUGAGUGUGUACUUGUAUGUGCUUUCAAUUGGAAUGGGAGUGAGCGUCCUUUUUGUAUCGCGUGAGACAAUUUCUUUUGCUCAAAUUUGAUGCCUAAUGAGUA